AUGCCAUCACCGUUGAGUAUCGAGGGACUUAGUGCCCAGAAUGUUCAUGAGAAUAUUAAACGCCUGAUCAAUAAUCUCGUCAACAUAAAAGAUGAAUCAGGCCAUUUUCUUUUGAAGCUACCAGACGGCCGCAUCAUCGACACCAAAGGAUGGGAAGAUUGGGAAUGGACUCACGGAAUAGGCCUCUAUGGCCUGUACCAAUACCAUGACUUGACACCCUCUUCAGGAACCCUUCAGAUCAUCAAAGACUGGUUUACGGCGAGACUGCUCGAGGGUACAACCAAGAACAUUAAUACCAUGGCAGUAUUCCUGACUCUCGCCUAUGUUUACGAGGAGACUGGCGAUCGGAGUUACAUUCCCUGGCUAGACUCUUGGGCGGAAUGGGCCAUGUAUGACUUGCCGAAGACGAAAUUCGGUGGGUUCCAGCAUAUGACCUACCUUGAGUGGAACGACAAUCAGCUUUGGGAUGAUACGUUGAUGAUGACCGUCAUGCCACUUGCUAAAAUCGGAUUAUUGCUGAAACGGCCGCAUUAUGUCGAAGAAGCGAAGCGACAAUUUUUGCUCCACAUACAAUACCUCUUCGAUCCCCAAACGGGGCUAUUUUUCCACGGCUGGCAGUUCGAUAACAAGGCACCUGGAGGUCUCGGGCAUAAUUUCGCGCGCGCGAGGUGGGCACGAGGUAACUCGUGGUUGACCAUAGCCAUUCCCGAUUUUAUUGAACUUCUCAACCUUGCUCCGGAUGACGGACUGCGCCUGUAUCUUGUUAAUGUACUGGAAGCACAGUGUAAUGCCCUGCGCUCGCUCCAAACAGAAGAUGGUAUGUGGCGGACGCUCCUUGAUGUCUCUGAAGAGGAUGGAAGCUACCUGGAAGCUUCGGCGACUGCGGGGUUUGCAUAUGGCUUGCUCAAAUCGAUACGGAGGCGCUAUAUCUCCAAGGACUAUUCGGACAUCGCGAUGAAGGCUGUGAAAGCUGUUUUGCGACGGAUCAGUAAGGACGGAGAGUUGCUAGACGUAAGUUUCGGUACAGGGAUGGGUCACGAUUUGCAGCACUACAAGAAUAUUGAGAGGACGAGCAUGCCAUAUGGACAAGCAAUGGCCAUUAUGGCUUUGGUUGAGUUUUUGAGAAUGUAUAUUUGA